GCGCAGUGAUGAGCGCACCAGCCUUCUUGCCACGUCUCCUGGGCAGCGGCGGCGGCGGCGGCGGCGGAGCGUGUCGGGAGGGCCGGGCCGCGCCCCCUCGCCUCCCACGGCCCCCGCAGCGGGCAGGCCCAUGGUGCUGCCGCGGGGCAGGAGAGCUGGGAAGUCUUUGGGGUACUUAUCUAGGUCUCUGGGCAAAACUUGCCAGAGGCAGAAGAAGUGGGUCGGUCCCUGGACAUGCCCGGUGGAAGGAGGGGACCCAGCCGGCAACAGCUAAGCCGUUCUGCUUUGCCGUCUCUGCAGACGCUGGUGGGCGGGAACUGUGGCAACGGUACUGGUCUGAGAAACAGGAAUGGCAGCGUAAUCAGCUUGUCCGCUCCUCCCAUCACUGCCUUGAUAACCCCUGAGCCGGUGCGACAUUGCCGAGUCCCAGACCUGCCCGUGGAUGGGAACCUUCUCUUCGAGUUCCUGUUUUUCAUCUACUUGCUGGUGGCCCUUUUUAUUCAAUAUAUCAAUAUCUACAAGACAGUCUGGUGGUACCCAUACAACCACCCUGCCUCCUGCACGUCACUGAACUUUCACCUCAUCGAUUACCACCUGGCAGCAUUUAUUACCGUGAUGCUGGCGCGGAGGCUGGUCUGGGCCCUCAUAUCUGAGGCCUCCUCGCAAGCAGGAGCGACUUCUGUGAUCCACUGCGUGGCGCUGAUUUUGGCACGCCUGGUGCUGCUCACCCUGUGUGGCUGGGUGCUCUGCUGGACUCUGGUCAACCUCUUCCGCAGCCACUCUUUCCUCAACCUCCUCUUUCUCGGCUACCCGUUCGGCGUCUACGUCCCGCUGUGCUGCUUCCACCAGGAGAGCAGAACGCAGCCCCUUCCUCCAGACUGUGACUAUAUGGUGCAGGAUCAGCUGGUGGACGCAGGCGUCUCGGGGGUCGGCAGCCUCGUCAAGCCCAAAGACUUUCUCUCCCUCCUGCGGGAGUCCCUGAAAGAACAAUUCAACAACCCCCUGCCCAUCCCGACGCACAGCUGCCCCUUGUCCCCCGACCUCAUCCGCAACGAGGUUGAGUGCCUAAAAGCCGACUUCAACCGCCGAAUCAAGGAGGUUCUCUUCAAUUCCCUCUUCAGUGCCUACUACGUGGCGUUUCUGCCGCUGUGCUUUGUGAAGAGCACCCAGUACUACGACAUGCGCUGGUCCUGCGAGCACCUAAUCAUGGUGUGGAUCAAUGCCUUCGUCAUGCUCACCACGCAGCUGCUUCCUCCCAAGUAUUGCGACCUGCUGCACAGAGCGUCUGCCCACCUGGGCAAAUGGCAGAAGCUAGAGCACGGCUCGUACAGUAACGCCCCCCAGCACAUCUGGUCAGAGAGCACAAUAUGGCCUCAGGGUGUGCUGGUGCGACACAGCCGAUGUCUGUACAAAGCGGUUGGGCCUUACAAUGUCGCAGUGCCUUCAGAUGUCUCCCCAGCCUGCACUUACUUCCUCUUCCACCGCCCCAUUAGCUGCGACUUCUAGAACCUCCUGGAUCCUCUCAUCGAGGGCAGCUGGUCUGCUACCAGCUCCUGUUCCCUCCCUGCGGCUCAGCUGAAAAAUGGGAAACCACACGCUCUCCAUGGCUCCUGAUCCUCUCUCUCUGCAACUAUUACGCCGCCUUAUUUAAACUUCUGCGGGACGGGGAUUAGUAUUGGGCAGUAUGUGAUUCGUCAGAUCCUCCUCAACAGCUCAUUAAAAAAAGCCCAUUAAUCAUUGGAGGGACGGAAGGCUAUUUUCAUACAGUUCUAUUUUUUUUCCUUGCAACUGUUUAUAUUUAAAAAAUAUUUUAUAUUUUGUAUACUACUGUUUUUUUGUGGGGUGGGGAAGGGCCAAGUGGCAAUUAAAUGUCGCUUUAUAAACAAGGUGUUAUUUUAUAUCAAGAAAUCAUUGUGUAUAUACUGUAUUAUUCUACAUAUAUCUAUGUCAAGCAAGA